UGACCCCAAGUCAGUGUCCUCUCCAUGACCCCCCGCGGCUCGAGAAGGCUUUCUUUGACCCUCUGCACGCCCUCCGUACUCGAGCGCCGACCUCCGUCCCGAGGAGCGUGGCUCGGUGCACAAGCGGCCCCCCAGGUUCCACCCCAGGCCCUAGCUCUGACUCCUAGGCCGCCCCUUCUGCUCCCCCCGCCCCUCAGCCCGCUCCCAGCGUCGCUACAAGCAGGAGCCUUCCAGGUGGGGCCGGCGAGCAGGAACGCCUUCCCCGAGGGCGCCACCCCCUUAGCUGCCCGAAGCCCGCCUGCGCCCGCCUCCGGAGUUCCUAGCUACGCGGGGCUCGGUCCGCUGCGGCCCGAGGCGGCGGUGCUACUCGCCCGGGCAGAGGCCCGGCCGGCCGGCGUAACCAAACCACACUGUAUUUGAGAUCGUGCGUGGUUUUGCAUAGGCUGACAUUUUGCGAUUGGGUUAAACUCGGGACCUCUGCGAAGAGGACCCACUUAUUUUUUUCUUUCCAAAAUGGCAGCCUCCAGCCGCGCACGAGUGUUAGAUCUGUACCGAGCGAUGCUGAGAGAGAGCAAGCAAUUCAGCGCCUACAAUUACAGAACUUAUGCUAUCAGGAAGAUAAGAGAUGCCUUCAGAGAAAAUAAGAAUAUGAAAGAUCCUGUAGAAAUUCAGGCUCUAGUGAAUAAAGCCAAGAGAGACCUGGAAAUGAUUCGUCGACAGAAUUUCCCCACAGAUCUGAAGGUUGCAGCUCCAAUUGUGCUAUUCUUGACAAGCUAUCACUGAAGUGCCCUUCAGUGGAAACCUUUUGAUGCCUUACUGCUUGGCUCAUCCUUUCAAGCAAUCAAAGUUAAUUCAAGUCAUGCUUAUGCUGAAGAUCUUCUCCCAGGAUGACAAAGGAACAAUGUCACAUCUUCUAAGAAGGGUAAUAGAAGGGGCACACCUUGUUCAUGUUAAUUUGUGUUUUCUGUACCACAUCCUCUGAGGCACAGGGAGAUACUGACACUCCCCCCAAGUCCAGUGUGUAUAUGAGAACAUGUACUCAUUUUCUGAGCAUUUGAUAUCUGUAGUUGGAUUUUUUUCAGAUUUGAUGGGUUUCAUUUGUAUGUGUG